UUAAAUCCUCUCCAUUAUAAUUCCUGGAGCGAGCAGCUGGCCAUAAAAAAAGAUCGAGAAAGAAAGGGAAAAGCACAUAGUCCCUUCAAAACACAAACCCAGACAUGCUUGCUCUCUCACCUAUUCUCCCUGACGUCUGAGGGUGGGGGGCCACUGUGGAGGAUUUUCCAGCCAGCAGAAGUGAGCAGGGAGGAAGGCAAGAAGAAGUUUCUUCACAGACAGGCUUGGAUCACUCUGCAAGACAAUGCAUUCCUGUCGAGUUUUACCUGCUCCUCUUUGGAUUUGGUAAUUCUGUAGACUGUAAGUUCUUUAAACGGUCUGAGAGAGAGAGAGAGAGAGACUGAGCAUGAGAAUGCUCCCUCAGGUCAUAAGGAUUUUAUACAUCUUGUCUUUUUUCUUUUUCCAAGGGGGCUUUAUCAGACUGGGCUCCUGUAAAGAGGAGAUAAAGUCCUCCAGCAGGCCAGCCCCGAAACCAAUGUCCCCAUCUGACUUCCUGGACAAGCUGAUGGGAAGAACCUCCGGCUAUGACGCUCGCAUCAGACCCAACUUCAAAGGACCCCCAGUAAAUGUCACCUGUAAUAUUUUCAUCAACAGCUUUGGAUCCAUUACUGAGACAACUAUGGAUUAUAGGCUUAACGUUUUUCUACGCCAGCAGUGGAAUGACCCUCGACUGGCCUAUAGUGAAUAUCCUGACGCUUCUCUAGACCUGGACCCUUCUAUGCUGGACUCCAUAUGGAAACCUGACUUGUUCUUUGCUAAUGAAAAAGGUGCAAACUUCCAUGAAAUCACAACAGACAACAAGCUGCUGAGGAUCUUUCAGAAUGGGAAUGUGCUAUACAGCAUUAGGCUAACACUCAUCCUGUCUUGUCCCAUGGACUUGAAGAAUUUCCCAAUGGACAUUCAGACCUGUACCAUGCAGCUAGAAAGUUUUGGCUACACCAUGAAUGAUCUGAUCUUCGAGUGGCUUUCUGAUAGCCCUGUGCAGGUGGCGGAUGACUUGACUCUUCCUCAGUUUUUACUAAAGGAGGAAAAAGAUCUUGGCUACUGCACUAAACACUACAACACAGGUAAAUUCACCUGCAUUGAGGUGAAGUUUCACUUAGAGAGACAGAUGGGCUACUAUCUCAUUCAGAUGUACAUCCCCAGUCUGCUGAUUGUCAUCUUGUCUUGGGUGUCUUUCUGGAUCAACAUGGAUGCUGCCCCUGCUCGGGUGGGCUUGGGUAUCACUACUGUGCUGACCAUGACCACCCAAAGCUCCGGUUCACGAGCCUCUCUACCCAAGGUGUCCUAUGUGAAGGCCAUUGACAUCUGGAUGGCCGUUUGUCUGUUGUUUGUGUUUGCUGCAUUGUUGGAGUAUGCAGCAGUCAACUUCGUCUCAAGGCAACACAAGGAGUUCAUCAGGCUGCGCAAGAAGCAUCGAAGGCAGAGAAUAGAAGAAGAUCUUGUUCGGGAAAGCCGUGGCUUUUACUUCCGUGGGUACGGACUGGGCCAUUGCUUACAAGCAAAAGACGGGACAACUGUGGAUGGGUCCAGCGUAUUCACCCCUCCACCCCCAGUGCAAGUGCUGUACGACGGAGAGGCCAUUCGGAAGCGUUUUGUGGACCGAGCCAAGCGAAUCGACACCAUAUCCAGAGCCGUCUUUCCUCUCAGCUUCCUCAUAUUCAACAUCUUUUACUGGAUCACCUACAAAGUGCUGCGACACGAGGACAUCCACGCCAGCCUGUAAUCACUCCACCUCUCCUGGUUACGCCACUUGUUCAUCUUACUGCUUCUUUUCUUUUCUUAUAGCUCUUCAUUUAAACCCAAAACCGGCUGUCAUACUCACACUAGAAGUGUAUUUCAAAGGCACAUUCACCCAAGAAAUACCGUCAGUGCUAAAACCAUGUGCUCAGGUGUGACUUCUGGAUUUCAAAAAGAUUUUAAAGUGCCCACUCAGAGCGCAGAGGGCUCAUAGAUGCAAAUGCUGCUGUUGGGGACCUGGCUCUCCUCACUUUCACAUUUUCAUUCGAGUGGAUUGCACUAGUAGCCAAUGCUACUGUCCUCACUUUAUAGGCUUUGUUUGAGUUAUUGGCUGAAAGAUUCUCGGUUGGAUAGAAUAUACUGACUUGAAUUUUACCACAAGGCGCAUCCUUGAAUGAAUGUUUUUCAAAACCACAAAACAAAUGUGUUUUUUACAUCUUAAAAUGCCAAACUAAUGGGCUGUGAAGGGGAGGACUGGGAUUUAUUAUCCAUGGGAACAGUUACAGGGGAACGGUGUACUGUUUUAGUAAAUAAUGAGAUUCUAAAUAUAUAUGACUGUAUAAAGUGUACAUAUACGCAGAGUUGUUCACUAACUGCAGACAGCACAAAUGUGUAUUUCUUUCUGUCUUUUGAAUUUGAAUAAAUGGAUAUUCUAACAGGAA